AUCAAGCGCUCGAAACUCAGCAACCUCUAUUGCCUUUGGAGUCACGUUCCUCAAUCGCUUAUCCUCAAUCUUUCGCUCUCCGUCAAAUACUGGCACUGAUGAUAUAUCCGAACUGAUGCUUUCGCGAUUAAAUCCACAGGUGCUCCUCGGUCAUCUGUCCUCACUUUUCCCCGCUCUUGACUUCACGCCGACGAAGCAACCGAACCUCAGUAAUCCCAAAUGCCUUCGGGGCCACGUCCAGGUGCACCAAUAGGUUACCUAUCAGCACUCUUCCGCUCUCCACUCAACGUCGAUGAAGCAAUCGAACUCCAGAAUUGCCCUGGGCCAAUUAUCUCUUUUAUUGCAGUCCUCAUGUUGUCGAUGUUGCUACAAUGCGGGACAGGGAGGUCAUAUUUGUUGCUCGUCAGCCUGACACUGCUCGUGAAAUGGCCAGGCGCAUCAAGAACCAAAAACCGUGGGUUCGCGUGGUGUUGUUUAUUUGCUGCGUGUCUCCUGGUAACAAUGGCAGUCCUGGCACCGACGAGACUCAUCACAGCACGUAGUCAAUAUUUUUAUCGAGUGUAGUGUGAUGUAGCUUUUGCUACUAUAUCAACACCAGUUAAUAUUCAUUCAUGAUUCCAUAC